CUUGAGCUGACCCGUCAGUACAGCCGCAAACGCGCACCGUGAGCACGAGAGAAGAGACUCCGUUGCUCGUCAACGUAGAAAGGCGAAGAGAAUGGUGUAAUUGUCAGCUGGAGGAACUAUACCCCGAUAUCAUCCUAUUACUAUUUUACAAAGUGUGCGCCCACAAAUCGCUGAUAACGCGUGAGCUUGCGGAAACAGCUGUUCUAGUGCUUAAUUAAAGCCCUUUUAGUGCUCAUCGUCGUCGUCGCUGGUUGUGAUAGUGCAGUGAUAGCGACUAACGACCACCACCAUUGUAACGCGCUUGAUAGGCUAUAGUCUAGGCCUGGUCAUUGUUCAGCUGUGGUCUGUUAUCAGCCGUCGACGUUUCCAGCAGCAGUUCGUUGAACACACGGCCCCCUGUUUUGGUUGACCAAGAAUGUGUCGUCACGGAGCCGUUGUUUACUGAUGCGAGCAGUCAAAAAGGAGGACCUGUGCAAAUUGGGCAGUUGCUGAUGAGCUUUGUUCAACCGUUGUUGUUGUUGCUAAAGAGUUGAACUUUUGUUUGGAAAUCGUGCUCACACCUCAACGCGAUGAGCCUCGACACGAUGAACGAUCUGGUGCAAAAGUACAAAAAUUGGAAGUCGUAUAUUAAGUUCGUAAAACUGGUCUCGGACGGGGGCACAGCGACGGGCGCCACCGCCAUGGAGGACGAAACGAUCUUCGGCGAGAAGCAGUCGAUCCGGGACUCGGCCCGGACGUUGAAAAAGUACGGCAGCAUAUCCGGCAGCAGCAGUGGGAACAGCUGCGGGGUGGCGGCGAGUGGGAGCCGGUCACCGGCGCUGCUCGCGACCGAAGCCCUCAUCCGGCAUGACGUGGAACGGACGGACACGCUGCAGGGAAUCGCCCUCAAGUAUGGGUGCAGUAUGGAACAAAUCCGCCGCAUCAACCGCCUCCUGCCCACGGACACCAUCUUCCUGCGGCCGUUCCUGAUGAUCCCGGUGGAAAAGGACUCCCCGCACUAUCCCACCGACCCCGCAGCCAUCAUCCGACCAGCUUCGCUUUGCGGCUUGAACUCACGGGCGCCCUCGUCCUCCGCAACCUCCACGGCACCGCCCACCCCGGUCGACCCGGGUAUUGCCGAGGAGAGUGCCAUCUCGCCGGAGGAGGAAAGCCGCAAGAACAUGGAGGAAUUCCUAGGCAAAAUUGAUUCGUCGAUCGCGUCAACGCGGAAGCACAUAGCGGAAUCGCAGCGCAACAGUGAGUUCGUGUCCAGCCAGAGCGACGACAACAUCUUCAGCUCGGGCGCCAGCAUGAACAGCAGCGGGUACUACUCGAAACCGCGCGCGUACUCGACGGCCUCGUCCUCGUCGUCGAUUUCGUCCUACCAGCAGUAUCAUUACGGUCCAUCGGCGGCGGCCGCGGCGUCGUCUUCGACGGCCGCCCAUCACUACCACAAGCGGCAGAGCUCUUCGGGGAGUACGGCUUCCGACACGAGCCAGCUGAUUGUGAUGACGCAGGGCAAGCGGGUGCAGAGUUCCCUCCAGAAGCUGGAAAAACAACAGGACGAGCUGUUUGAGUUGUAGCAAGGCGCGGAGGAGGAGGAGGAGGAGU